AUGAUCCCCGACCCGCCACAUCUCAGCCCGGCGAAUUCGAAUUUCUCGGUGAAUGGACAGUACACAGUGUUGAGUGGGGAGAAGAAGAAGGACAAUUAUUCGCCUGAUGAUGUGCUCGCCGAGAUUGGAGAGUCCAAUCGACGUCUUUUGAUCGCCAUGUUCUCCGCCUCUGUCAUCUGGAUUCUCGGGGCGAUGCCGUUGAUGGCCUCCAGCUUUACCUCGGAUACAAAUCACGCGUCGAUGCAUACGAUAGUUGAUGAGUUUAACCUAACCGAAGAUCGUGCGUAUCUUGCCGAAAUUCCGACCACAGCCUACAUGGCUGGAAAUAUGAUUGGGGGUACGGUGCUGACGCAAGCGUCUGAUCGCUUUGGCCGCCGUCCAAUCCUCCUCCUCUCUUUGGCGUGUUUCUCCCUGUCCGGGAUGAUGGCCUCCUUCUCGCCCUCGAUCACCAUCUACAGCUGUCUACGCGCGCUGCAGGGCUGUUUUUAUACGGGAUGUACGGUAAUCGGCUGGGUGGCCGGCUACGAGAUGUCGCCGCCGAAAAUGCGCCCGCUCGCCACGCUGGUUUUUGGGCUCGGCUGGUUGGUCGGCUACUCGCUGGUCGCUCCAAUGGCGUAUUACGCAGCCACGUGGCGUCAGCUACUGCUCUACACGGCAUUCCCGGCACUGCCGUUUGCCGGAUGGGCAUAUUUCGCUCUCCCGGAGACGCUACACUAUCUGGCCAGCCGGAGGAAGACUGUGGAAAUGGGACAGUGGAUCACAAAGAUUUGUGGCGACGGCCAGAAGGUUCACAUCCAGCCUGAGCAGAUCCAGAUGGAGCAGAAGGGGCCAGAUUUGAGGGUAAACGCCUUCCGCGAGGUCCUUGCCAACAAGCGAUUCCUCGUCUACUUCAUCGCCAUGGUUUAUUUAUGGGUUUGCGACACGUUCACCUAUUUCGGGCUGUCUCUCUACAGUACCCAGCUGUCCGGCAAUAAAUGGGUCAAUUAUCUGCUGAUGGGGCUCGUCGAGCUGCCGGCUUAUAUUUUCACGCCUUGGCUGAUCAAAAGAUUCGGCCGUCGCUUCAUCGUCGUCAUCAGCCAUUUCGUGGCGGGGGUUGCAUUUUUGAGUCUUCUCGCAUCCGCGGAGCUGCCCGAAUGGGUAGUGCUGAUGAUCUGGCUGAUCGGCAAGUCGGCGAUCACACUCUCGUUUAUGGUGUUGUUCGUCUAUGCUAGCGAGGUGUUCCCCACCGAUAUCCGGAACGCCUCCGUCGGGCUGUGUGUUGUCAUCGCGCGGUUUGGAGGCAUGGCAGCGCCGCAGAUCAAGAAUAUGGCCCUGCUCUUUUCAAAACUCCCUGAAAUUACCCUCUCUACCGUAUGCCUUCUCGGGGCCGUGAUCACACUCCUGCUCCCCGAGACGGCCAACCGGCCCCUGCCCGCUUCAAUCCGGGAGAGCACCGAGAAAAAGCCGCUUAUA